GCUCCGCCCGCCCUGCUCCUCCCGCGGCGGCCCCGCAGGCAGCGGUGGGGGCGGCGGGAGAGCGGCACCCCCGUCCCGAUCCCGCCCCACCGCGCCCCCAGCCCUGCCCCGGGGCGCGGAGCGGGCAUUGCCGGGCCCACCCCGAUCCCCGAUCCCUGAUCCCGCUCCCGCUCCGUGCCGGGCGCGGCCGGCGGCGCAGGAGGCCGGGGCCAUGGCGCUGGACGGGAUCCGCAUGCCGGACGGCUGCUACGCCGACGGGACGUGGGAGCUCAGCGUCCAUGUCACCGACCUGGGCCGCGACGUCACCCUGCGGGUCACCGGCGAGAUCCACAUCGGCGGCGUCAUGCUGCGCCUCGUCGAGAAGCUCGAUGUCAAGAAGGACUGGUCGGAUCACGCGCUGUGGUGGGAAAAGAAGAAAACUUGGCUCCUUAAAACGCACUGGACGUUGGAUAAAUACGGGAUACAGGCGGAUGCCAAGCUCCAGUUCACCCCUCAGCACAAGCUGCUCCGCCUGCAGCUGCCCAACAUGAAGUACGUCAAGGUGAAAGUCAACUUCUCCGACAGGGUCUUCAAGGCUGUUUCUGACAUCUGCAAGACGUUCAACAUCAGGCAUCCAGAAGAACUCUCCCUUUUGAGGAAACCCAGAGAUCCAUCAAAGAAAAAAAAGAAGAAGUUGGAUGAUCAGUGCGAAGACGACGCCUUCGAGCUGGAGGGUCCUCUGAUCACGCCGGGGUCUGGCACCGAUAUUCUUUACAUCGGCCCCGUCAAAGGAAAUAUCUAUUCAAGCCCAGGACUGUAUAGCAAAACGAUGACGCCGACCUACGACGCCCACGAUGGCAGCCCCCUGUCACCCACCUCCGCCUGGUUCGGUGACAGCGCCCUGUCGGAAGGGAAUCCGGGAAUCCUGGCCGUGAGCCAGCCCGUCACCUCCCCAGAGUCCUUAGCAAAAAUGUACAAGCCCCAGACGCUGCUCGAUAAAGCCAAAAUCAACCAAGGGUGGCUGGAUUCGUCCCGAUCCCUGAUGGAGCAGGAGGUGAAAGAAAACGAGGCUUUGCUACUGCGGUUCAAGUACUACAGCUUUUUUGACCUGAAUCCAAAGUACGACGCCAUCAGGAUCAACCAGCUGUACGAGCAGUCCAAGUGGGCGAUUCUGCUGGAGGAGAUCGAGUGCACGGAGGAGGAAAUGAUGAUGUUUGCAGCACUGCAGUACCACAUCAACAAGCUGUCCAUCAUGUCCUCGGAAAACCACCUGAACAACAGCGACAAGGACGUGGAUGAGGUGGAUGCUGCGCUCUCGGACCUGGAAAUUACCUUGGAAGGUGGCAAGACAUCCACCAUCCUGGGUGACAUCACUUCCAUCCCGGAGCUCGCCGACUACAUUAAAGUCUUCAAGCCCAAGAAGCUGACGUUGAAAGGCUACAAGCCCUAUUGGUGCACCUUCAAAGAUACCUCGAUCUCCUGCUAUAAAAGCAAAGAGGAAUCCAACGGGACUCCUGCUCACCAGAUGAACCUGAGAGGAUGUGAAGUUACCCCUGAUGUGAACAUCUCUGGUCAGAAGUUUAACAUCAAACUCCUGAUUCCGGUGGCAGAGGGGAUGAAUGAAAUUUGGCUGCGCUGCGACACCGAGACGCAGUACGCCAGCUGGAUGGCCGCCUGCCGCCUGGCCUCCAAGGGCAAGACCAUGGCCGACAGCUCCUACGGCAUGGAAGUGCAGAACAUCCUGUCCUUCCUGAAAAUGCAGCAUUUGAACCCGGACCCGCAGCUGAUCCCCGAGCAGAUCAACACCGACAUCAACCCCGAGUGCCUGGUCUCCCCUCGCUACCUGAAGAAGUACAAGAACAAGCAGCCAGGCUAUGUAAGAGACUUGAUCACGGCACGCAUCCUGGAAGCCCACCAGAACGUGGCCCAGAUGAGCCUCAUCGAGGCCAAGAUGCGGUUUAUCCAAGCCUGGCAGUCGCUGCCGGAGUUCGGCAUCACGCACUUCAACGCAAGGUUCCAGGGUGGGAAGAAGGAUGAGCUGAUCGGCAUCGCCUACAACCGGCUGAUCCGGAUGGACGCCAGCACGGGAGACGCCGUCAAGACCUGGCGCUUCAGCAACAUGAAGCAGUGGAACGUGAACUGGGAGAUCAAAAUGGUGACGGUGGAGUUCGCGGACGACGUCCGGGUGUCCUUCAUCUGCACGGAGGUGGAUUGCAAAGUGGUGCACGAGUUCAUCGGCGGGUACAUCUUCCUGUCCACGCGGGCCAAGGACCAGAACGAGAGCUUAGAUGAAGAGAUGUUCUACAAACUGACCAGUGGCUGGGUGUGAGCCCCGCCCGCCCCGCACCCGGAGGAAAACCCCCAUGGCCAUAUUAAUUAAUAUUUAACUUUCCAAAGCUGUUCUUCUUUGAGAUAAUGCUGCUUAAUAAAGUAAGCUUGAAAUGUAUCUUUUUUUUUUUUUUCUUUUUAUCAUUGGAAUUUUUUUUUUUUAUUUUUUUUUUUUUUUGCAUUACCAGACCAGUUAAUCUGUGUGCACUAAUGAGCACUUCUGUUAAUUCGCUAUAACAAGACCAUGUCUGGGUCGUGGAUCCAGAUUUCAGUGGGCAGAUCAGGAUAAGGUUUAACUGACUUAAAACAGCCAAUUUUGGAAGAGAACUCUAAGCCAUCUUCUUGUAAAGCCAUCCAGGGGCUUAACCUAUAUGAAGUCUAUUUUUCAUGUUUAAUGCAUGAGUGUUUUAUUUCCUUUUUUUUUUUUUUUUGUGUUUUUAUUCUGUACAUUUGUCCUUUUUGGAAGUUUUUAAUUCCUAAACAGAGCUGCCAUCUCUCCUCUCACACUACACACACCAGGACUGCGACAGGUACCUGAUGUGACUUUUGUGUGGCCUUGAAGAUGAUCUUCUGUUAGUCUGUUAUAGCUUGGUUUUGUUUGUUUAACUUGCCUUUUGAUAAUCAUUUAUAUUGUCCUUUUUUUUUUUUUAAUUUUAUUUGUACACCAUAUUGUAUUAUGACACUUUUAGUAUUCACCAGCAUAGUCACUGUUCUGCCUCUGAUAUGCAAAGUUUUUCAUUACGAUAUGAAGUAAAAGGUCUAUGAAGUAAAAGGUUUUGUGUAACUAAUGUAAAAAACACAAAUUUUAUAAAAUUGUACAGUUUUGUUAACUAGUCUCACAAGCCAGCUAGAAUAUUGCAUAGAUCCUGUGUAUCAGCAGUACCUAUAGGAUGUCUGGAAGGGGUAUGGGGAGAAACCAAGGAAUGAAAAAAAAAAAAAAAAAAACACAAAAAAUACAAUUUCAGUGAAUUUUUACCUUAAGUUAAAGGGGAUUUCAGAGCUGUGCCACAACACCCUCAAUAACUGAUAACCUGGGGCCAGGUUCAUUAAGCCAUUCCCACAAUAAUGCCAAUGAGGAGAAUCCCGUCCCCCACCCGAUGCCGAGGAAUAACCAGUGUUGUGUUCGAGUACUCUGUGGUUUCAAGACUAUGUAAAAAUGCAUUUUAUUUUAAAUAAAAGUCAAAUCUUUUAUUUAA